AUGUCGCGUCUGUUCAAUUCAGCGGCUUUUAAAAUCUUCCAGUUCGAUGUUUGUUCUCUAGCCAAGCAUUUAAAAGCUAGCGAAACUUUGGUGAACCGAAAUUAUUGCAAUAGAGGAAAAGAGUAUGUCACCCUGGAAUUACCUCAAGGUCGUAUUAGAGGUUAUAAAGCGCAAGGUUUAUAUGGUGACUGCUAUUGUGGCUUUGAAGGCAUACCGUAUGCUGAGCCUCCUUUGGGACGUUUACGUUUCCUCUCGCCGGUGCCGGUCAAAAAAUGGUCUGGGCUUAAGGAUUGCGUGGACUUUGCGAAUAAACCUGUACAAAAAAAUGAAUGGGGCAUGAUAGAAGGUUCAGAAGAUUGCCUCUAUUUAAACGUUUUCACUAAAAGUAUACGUCCUAUAAAAAAGUUACCCGUAUUGGUAUGUAUACCUGGUGGAGGAUUUGUUAAAGGAGGUUGCCCCAAAGAAUACGUUUUUGGACCAGACUAUUUCAUGAUGGAAGAAGUGAUUUUAGUUACUUUCAAUUAUCGUUUAUCAAUGUUCGGUUUCCUCAGUCUUUGCGAUCCUGCUGCAAAAGUACCGGGUAAUGCCGGUUUAAAGGAUCAAGUAUUGGCCUUAAAAUGGGUCAGGGCAAAUAUCGAACUUUUUGGAGGCGAUGAACGUAAUAUAUGUGUAUUUGGUGAGAGUGCCGGAGGAGCCUCAGUUCAUUAUAUGCUUAGCACGGAACAUACUCAAAAUGUAUUUCAAAAGGCCAUUUGCCAAUCCGGUAGCUUUUUACAUAACUGGACCGUGGGCUAUCAUAACAUCGAAAUGUCAUAUUAUCUUGCCUGCAGAAAAGGAUAUAAGGGUCCUAGGGAUAAUGAUAUACUCAUUUUGAAAUUUUUACAAUCAGUACCCGCUGAAAAAUUGAUCGAUAUAGGUGAUCUCGAUCUUAUGGCACGAUAUAAAGGCUAUUUGUACGCCUUCUUACCCUCAAUCGAACCGUAUGAAUGUGAAGACACCAUUAUGUCGAAACCGGUGUGGGAAAUUGUAAAAAAUGCUUGGGGUAAUAAAAUCCCACUUAUUAUCGGUGGUUGCAGUUUUGAGGGUUUAUAUUAUUAUCCGACAUUGAAGAAAUUACCGGAUUUUUUGGAUCACAUUGUAAAAAAUCCUGUAAAACUUCUGCCCAAUGAUAUUCCAACGAAUUGCGAAGAGAAAGAACAUGUUGAACGUUGUGAAGAGCUGGCAAAGACUUUAACUAAAGUACAUUUUGCUAAUAAAAUCGUAGGAAGAGAAAACAUUUUACCCGUUUUGGAUUAUUUUUCUUAUCGUUUAUUUUGGCAUGGUCUUCAUCGAUUUGUAUUAGCCCGCAUGAAGUAUGCGAAGAAAACGCCCACUUAUCAAUAUGUAUUUGAUUUCGAUUCAAAAGAUUUUAAUCAUUUUCGUGACCUAUUUUGCGGUGGCGAUAUCACGGAAGGUGUAGCGCACGCUGACGACUUGUGCUAUCUAUUUUACUCUUAUUUUUCUGGUAGAAGGCUUGACGAAAAAUCAGCUGAAUUUUUAACGAUACAACGCAUGGUGAAGAUAUUUGCAACAUUUGCUAAGACAUCAAAUCCAAAUUGUGAAUAUAUAAGCAAUUGGCAAGAUGUUGCAAGUGCGGGUGAAAAUAAAUGGUUGAACAUUGGGAAUCAAUUGGAAUUCGUUGAUGUGCCGAAAAAAGUGCAAGAAAAAUUUCAAGUUUGGGAUAAUUUAUAUGGUAAAUGUUUGGUUUUAUAA